AUGAGUGCCGAAGGAUUUUGGCUCUUCGAUGGGCUCGAAGAUACCCCUUACGGUCUUCUGCCCUUGGUGAAUCUGAAUGCCAAAGGGACUGCGACGUCCACAAAAACGGUCGAAAGAAUCGGGUCUUAUCAAUGGAGAUUGGAGGAGGAUGAUCCAGUUAUUUUGGUAUGCUUAAGUGACAUCACUCAUCAGCUGACUCGUUUUGGGUCGGAUUUAUGAAACUUACACUAAAAUAAUGAUGACUUUUAGAUCCCAGGUCUACCUCCGCAAUCAUCUUAUUGGCCUGGCGGAAAAUUGGUUCAAGAUCGAGGAGUUUUAAUUUAUGACGUCAAUCACUUGAAAGUAUGUCCAGAAGUUGCUGUUUUUACACUUUAGGUGAAAGACGGACCCCUGGAUACGGCCAUUCUGGCAGCCAAAUUAUUAGCAGAGAAAAAGAAGAAACCCAUCAACUUCGAUGAAUACGACUUCAUCACUGAUGCUGUUAAUCUCCAAAAGAUCUUUGCGUUUGCCCAAGAGGCUGGUGAAGGGCUCUUCCGGAUUGACUGUGAGAGGGUCGGAAAGACCGUACUACUCACCCGGUAAGACAUUCAAAUUAUAAUAUGCAAAAUGUAAAAUAAUUCAGAAUGGAAGCCUCGGAUCUGAUGGAGAUUGGGCAUGUGACAUUUGACCAAAACUUGAAAGCUAAGAUAAACAAACCACGUUCCAAGCACACCACCGGGCCCUUCUUCCAAUUAGUCAGCUAUAAAUUCGGGGAUUUUAAGAUUCUUGUCAGAUAUGAAGUAGACUCUGCAGAUUACGCAGCCAUUAAAGCCGCCGAUCCGUAAGUCGUCUUUUGAUGUUUCCUUAUGAAAAAAUAAUAUUACUAAUCAUUUAUAUGGUUUAAUGUUUAAGCGAUCCAUCCAAAGACCCGGAAACAGUACCAGAAUCCAAAAAAUUCGCAGAGAAUGAAAACAUUAAGUACAUCGAGUUCGGAGAGACGCUACGGGGAAUUCCUUUGCAACUUCUGACAACUUACCCUCAGGGUGCCGGAUUCCCUUUCUUCACAUGGGCUCAGUUAUUCUUCACUGCCGCUGAUCAGGAGAUUGUUGGAUUCUUCAAAGGGAAUGGGGAUUUCGGCAAACCGGCCAUCUACCCUUUGACUGAAGUGUCCAAGUUAAUGAAGCCCCUUCCUUAUGUUGUCUUGAGCAAGGUAAGUCUUAUUUCCAUUGUCACGCCUACAAGCAAGGUCUCCUGGAAAGUGCUGGUUGUGUAUAAAAUAAGUGAUAUUUCAGGUGCACGAUUGUCUGAACAAGAUCCGAAAAUUCCUGAUCACAAACGAUUCCGAUUUCCGAUGUGGUCUCAUCUGGAAGGGGAAGCCCAAUCUCGAGAUCUAUGCCAAAUUCCCUACCGCCUCAGGGGCGAUUACUCCAAAAGUCCGGGAGCUUCUUCAACAACAGUGUAAAGAACCUGUUUCUGAGGACCAAAAGUAA